AUGAUGUCUGAAGAAAUUAAAAAAGUACUGGUAGAUGCACUUGUAGGUAACAAAAGCAAUAAAGACGGCUACGAAUUCGACAUAGAAGAGUACAACAGUUUCAUAUUGAACCUGCUCAAAUCCGAUCUUGGUGAUAAUGGCCAAAAAAGCGAUGGGAAUGACACAAUAUACACAGAACGAAAUAAAAAACAGAAAACGAAUUUCAUAAACAGCCUGCUCGACGACGACUUCAUCACAGAACUCCACAGAAUCAAGUUGCUUAAGCAAUUUAGAUACGUAAAGUACAGGCCCAUUUUCUCUACCGAAAACAUUGACUUCUUUGGAGUAUGCAAAAACAGCCCAUCUCACAUGAGGGAAUGCACGAUAUUGGAUGAGAAGGGCAUCAAUACGUUCAUAAACAUAUAUUGCCAGUUAUAUGGCUUAGACACAAACACGAACCAUGAAAUAGCCGAGAGACUAUACGACGAAGUAUGUAAAAUAGUGAAAGGUGAUUAA